GCGUAAUACACCGUGCUUGGAAACAGGAGUCUGAUUUUUUUUUUUUUUGCUUACAACACACGUACGACUCUUCAAGAUGCAGCUUCAGUUUGUCACGCUCGAUGUUUUCACUGACAGGAAGUUCGUCGGUAACCCUCUGGCCGUGAUUCACCUCCCGAGUUCCGCUGCAAACCUUCCACAAGAUACGAAGCAGGCUAUCGCUCGCGAGUUCAACCUCUCCGAGAUUGUCUUCCUACACGAGCAAACGGAGGACGACAUAAAGAGUUCUGAAGCAAGGAUUGACAUAUUCACUGCGCUCGCAGAAGUUCCGUUUGCUGGACAUCCAACCAUCGGAACUGGGGUGUACGUCUUGGAGUGCCUCCAAAAGACAGACAUUCUAGCGCUGCGCACAAAGGCCGGACGAAAGACCAUUUCCAAAACAGAUCGAGGGGUAAGCGUCGCGCUCGCGCAUGAAAUUCACGUACACGACAAGCCUUUCGCCGGCCUAGCCUUUGAUCAUCACCCCGUCGUCAGCAUCGUGAAAGGCAUGAACUUCAUCUUGGUCAAACUCCCAGACCUCGUGGAUCUGGCCACGCAAGACGACAAUCUCGUGGGCAUGCGAAAUUGCUACACCUCAUAUCCGGCGUUGGAUGAGGGAUGGCGCGAAGGCCUUCUGACGACAUUUUACUACGUUGACUUGGGUGUCGAUGCUGACUCAGGACGACGGAAAUUGCGCACACGUGCAUUUGGCGCGAGGGAGGACCCUGGUACCGGAAGUGCGAGUGCAGCUUUGAGUGCUUAUCUGAGUUUGACUGAAAAUGGGCCUACCAUGCGCAAGUUUCAUUUGACACAGGGGGUGGAAAUGGGUAGGCAGUGUGACAUCUUCGUUGAUGUUAUCAUGUCUGCGGAUGGCGGGAUCGAAAGUGUAUCAUUGUCUGGUGUAGCCGUCAUGGUUAUGAAGGGAAACAUUGACGUGGAAUACGAGCCUGAAGCAGCGGUUGAAUAGUUACUAGAGGUUCAGCUAAUUGGACUCUAGGAGAUUUGAAAGCGGCAAGGCCGUACGGUCGUAGUACCGCAGUCUGCCAGU